GUCGCAGCCACGACCGAGCUGGCCACGGCUCAAGCUCGACUGGCAAGGCGGCAGCUGACAGGAGUAGGGGUUAUUGGUUUCUUCCGCUUCAGGGCAUCUCGAAUUCUCGAUCUGUUGCGGCGGAGGCAGCGAGUGGCUGGGGAUUCGCCGGGGUUAGAGUGAGAGCUGCGAGAGAAGAGGAGGAGCUAAGGAUCAUUCAGCUGAGGGAAAGAAAGCAGCAGAUCGAGGAAGAUGUGCAUGGACAGAGCCGCCGUGCCGGUGAAGAGGGUCUGGCUCGGCCUCGCCGCGCGCCUCGGCCUCCGUCGAAAGACUGGGCUGAGGAAGCUGAGGAAGGAGGUGCGGACGUGCGAGUACCGCGACGUGCAAGUCAUGUGGGAGAUGCUGAGGACGACGGACGGGCCGGUGCCGCUGGCCGAGAAGGAGGCCGCCGCAGCCGCGGCCGUGGCGGCGGCCGCCAGCGCCAGGAAGAGGAAGAACGCGUGGAGGCGGUUCAUCAACUACUGCUGCGCGUUCUGAGCGACUCGUCCAUCAGCCUGCAGGAUGAACCUUUCUACCGAUCCUAGCUCCUGAAAGAUCAAAGAUCGCUAGCUUUCUGGUCUCUGGACUCAGAUCUUGAGCUCGAUCGGGUUCUGCUCUUGGCCGGUGUCGUCAGCGAGCUACCAAGGAGCUCAGCUCGUCCGAGACUGUUCCCCGGCGAAGAUCGAGAGAUCGAUCGCCCCGGCGAGGCGGCGGCGAGAGAGGAUGUGGUACAUAGGAAGAGUUUGAAGUAAGUGUAGAGAGAAAGAAAAUCGCGAGUUGAUCGCGAUGUACAAAAAUAACUGGAAGAAAGGCUUUUGGUCUUGAUCCGUAUCAGUGCAAAUUCUCCUCAAAAAAGAAAUUAAUUAAUCACCCCGGUGUUUUCCA